UUAAAAAUUAUUUCUAAAUAAACUGUCAUAUUAAAGUUUAUUUGUAAAUUUGAUAGUCAUUGAUUUUUAACUAAUAACUAACAAUAUUAAUACUGUACAUAAAUGGAACUGUUGAAGACAAAGAUUAAAGUGUGUAUUUAUAUUGUGUGUAAGUAAUAGAAAUAGGUGAAUAAUUUCAAUAAUAAUUAUUAGCCAUGUAUAAUGAAUAACAUCUCGCUUAUGACUGAAUUUGGAGAAAAAAGUUAGUAAAGAGCUGUUAACUACACUUCCUCAGCAAAAAUAGUUAACUUAUAUCGCACUUUUUAAGCUGUUGCUUAGAUUAAAGAUAAUAUUUACAUAUAGCUCUAUGAAGAAUAACUAUAUAUGAAAAAACUACACGAUGCAUGUCAUACUUAUAUAAACAAACAGAAAAUGAAACGUGUUUAUCAAACUAUAAUUAUCAACUGCUUUCUGUUUUGUAAACAAAACAAAAACUGGUUUUUAAAUUGUUUUCUCAGCAAAGAACAUUUGAAAAAGUGAACAAACAUAUGGAUUAAUAAGUUCCUUAGCACAAAAGUAUUAAGACUACUCAAUGCACUGGAAAUGCCUACAUCAUCUGCCUGAUACUUCAGUUGAAAUUUACGAACUAUUAAUCAAACAGUUUUAAACUCUAAUACAGAAAUUGUUUUUGUUUGUUUGAAAUAAUAAUAACGAAAACAACUAAAAGGUAUUUUUCCGAAUUCCACGCAAGCGCUUUGAAGAUUUCCAUGACGUCAGCGUCCGCAGCGCACCAUCAAAGACUGGGCUGCUGCUGGAAAACGUAGCCCUCUCCCGUUUUACCCCGGACACCAGGAAAACAACAAUAUCGCUUUCCCCCUUUACUUUACCCCCAAAGGAGCGAGCGGAACGGGGUGGGUGAACAGGGGGGUCUUGACAAACUUUACUAGACGCACAAUUUCCUUGAUUUUUUACGUUUUAUCUCCGUGAUUUGUGAUUUGUUUAUUUUGUGUGUAUGGAAAUGACUGUAGUAAAGUGAGUGAGGAGGAAUACUCAGCCCUGUGUCACCCUACCCCGGCCCGAUGGUUUCCCCCUUAUUUGCCGCAGAAGUUUGAUCUAAAGAUAUCAUCAUGCCUUCUCUGUUAAGAUUGACUGGCGAUUGUUUAUCGGCUGGAAGACCGAGGGCCGAAUCAAGAACACCGAAGCGGGAUAAAUAGUCUGCAGAGGAGGCCUACAUCAGUAGGUGUCUAUCUGUGUGAAAGAGGCAUCGCAGUUGAGGUGGUCCCACAUGAACUCGUUUGCUAACAGACCGCGGCUCCGACGUAAAGUGAAGCACAUUCUUUUUUCCACUAUGCUUUGCUGCGGGAAGCGAAAGGACGCCAGAGGAGUGGACACCGUCGAAGCCUUGACAGAGGAGGGGGGCGUCGUGCGACGCGUACGUCUUCGACCUCCCCAACCCCCGCACGGCAUCGUUGUGCAGCGUGACUUCAGGAAGGUUAGCGGCAUUAGCUCCGAGAUCUUUCGUCAACUCGAGGCUGUUGAGAAUGAUUUUGAUGCGGCAACGGCAGCCCACGUGGAUGCGGUGGAAAACAGAGGUGGAGAGAUGCUCAUACGCAUGUUUGAUCCAGUCAGUCUGGGCCGCGUCGGUGCUGACACCUACAGGAAGUACCUGAGCGCGGCUGAUGCAACGCAUGUUGUCCGCUUUGUUGAGAUCAUCAAAAGGCCUGGACAGACCCUUGGUCUCUACAUCAGGGAAGGUGAGUACUUGACAUACAAGCAUGCUUUUAGUAAUAUGUUUUCUAAUAAUAUUUCUGCAGACACAACUGAAGAGCUAUCGAAUGGAGAGAAUAGUGAAAACGGAGUCUUGAUCCGUGCCCGGACCAAAGGUCUUCCACCCGAAGUACCAGCAAUCGCGGUCAAGUUGAGUGAAAAAGAUCACAUAAGGGAACGCCACCGGUACGAGCAGCCAAAGCAGCAGCAUCCCCCUGACGACCUCUACUACAAUUCCCAACCUUCCACCAGCAGCCUUCACCACCGCCCUCCCAAAAUACCCCAUCACCAUCAUCCCUACCACCACGCUCCUCCUAGUCACCAACAGUACACUGCCAACAGAAGAAGAGAGGAACCACUGCCUGUGUCUCCGAGAUGGGUGGUGCCAUCACCAGUCGUCACGGAGCAACCCACCAAAGUAACUACUUACAAGCCCCCAGACAGCCUGGAGCGGUUAGCCGAAAGGGUGCACUCGUUCUACCCCGAAGAACGAGCACCCCCACCUCGAGAACGGUACGAGCCGCACCAUCGUAGGACUCGAAGUAUGGUGCCACCUAGCAGGGGCGGUUAUGACAUUGAGGCAACGACGCCUCUGCGCCGUUCCACUGGCAUGUUAAGAACUGAGAGUGACUAUCGAAUGCCUCCUAGAAGAAAUUUUCAUGUGUCUCCUACCAUGCAGCAUCGUGGUAGAGUGCGUAGGUACGAAGAGCCACCCAGGAGCGGUGGCAUCCUUCGACGUCGCGGUGCUGGUCGCGAUCGAAUGGGUGGCGGCGUUGAGAGUGCUUCGGAUACAGAGGCUCAAGAUUAUUGGACAAUGGGUGGCUCCCGGCGCACUUAUAGUCACUAUGGGGGCCGUAGCAAUUCACUGCCACGAUCCAUGAGGAGCGGAUACAGCCGGCAUCAGGCUGUCCGUUUCACCACAUCCCUGCCUUACGAUUCCCAAGAGGAGAGUGACGGGGCCGUCUCUGCGCCAGAGCUUCCAGCCACGAGAUCGAUGAGGAGGCCCCAUCCUCAGGGUAGUCGCCGAUCACCGAGUGUGUUCACAUCGAACGAAUACAAGGCGUGGAUGAGUCGGGCACCAUCCACAUCUGCCAUAUACGAGAGAUUGAAAAGAGGUCAACACACCGCUUCAUCUCUGGGAAGAAUCGCACACAGCGCUGAAUCCCUGUUGGACACCAUGCGACAGGAAGAAUACCGUAACAUUUAUACGUUUCCCCGGCGACUCCAUACUCCGAGUAGCGACGAUAUACUGCCAGCGGGUGGGGCGUACGCCCCUAGGAUAUCCGUCCCCCACCCCACUCCCAUAAAGCCCUCGGAGGAUCGCCUGCACCUGGUCAGUUUGGACCCUAGGGAAUUCAACAAAUAUCGGCCGAGGCCGACCAUCACCCCAGUGACGCUAGGACCCCGAGAGCUGACCCAAGCACCUAAAGGCUACAGUGGCCUACUAUGGAUUCAUCUGUUAUCCGGUCGGGGAUUAAAGCCCACAACACAUGGUGACCACUUUCGGGACCUGUACUGCGUCAUAGAAUGUGACAGGGCCCACAAAGCGAGAACUGUCAUCCGGACGGGAGAACACAGCUUCGACUGGGACGAAAUCUUCGAAAUAGAUCUUGUAGAAAAUAGAGAAGUCGCCUUUCUCUUAUACACAUGGGAUCCCAGGUUUCGACACAAGUUGUGCUACAAGAGCAUUCUUCAUCUAUCUGCUCUCCUCCGUGAGUCUCCUGUGCAUAGCUUGGCGUUGAAACUGGAACCAAGAGGAACACUCUACUUAAAACUAAGGUACAAAAAUCCUACACAGACCUUCCAAAGGAUGCCUGCCUCACAUCCGGACGGAGUCUUUGGUGUAGAUCUCGAAACGGUGCUCGUCAGAGAAGACUCCGGAUAUGGUGUACCGCUCAUUGUAAAAAGGUGUACAGAAGAAGUAGAAAAGCGAGGCAUGGACAUAGUAGGCAUUUAUAGGCUGUGUGGAUCAGCUCUUAGAAAGCGACUCUUAAAAGAAGAAUUCGAGAGAAGUACCGUCAUGGCCAAUCUCUCUGUAGAGCACGUUCCAGAUAUUAAUGUUGUUACAAGUUUGUUAAAAGAUUACUUAAGAGAAUUGCCUGAACCGUUAUUGAGCAGAAGUCUCUAUGAUAUGUUAGUUGAUGGCCUCAGCGUCUGUCUGCCUGAUGAUCCAGACGGCAGCGCCAAACUCAUGUUCAGUAUUCUUGAAUGUUUACCCAAGGCUAACCUGUGCACUGUUUUGUUAUUGCUAGACCACAUGCGCCUGAUUGCUAGUCAUUGUGACCGAAACAAGAUGACGCCUCAGAGCCUGGCCAUGGCCUUUGGGCCGGUGCUUAUGUGCCACGCAGAGACACCCACUGCCACAGUUGACAUUCGAAGACCUAUAGAUAUUAUGAACUUCUUGGUUGAGAUGUGGCCCAACAAGAGAACGUCUUGGUCUAGCAGCGGUAGCAGUUGGGACAGCAGUGUCUUGUCAGAGCUGUUGGAAUCUUUGAACUGGUUGGGUGAGCGACUGCUUCCAGAUUCAUCUUGUUGACCAUGUGCCAUAUAACUAAAUCUAGAAUCUGUUGGAGCGCAUGGGGAGAAGUUCUUUGUUAAAACCCUUUCCCUCUAGUUGGACGUCUCAUUGUUUGAUAUUAAAUAAAAAAAAAAGUAUCUGCCCUGUUGAA